GCACACCCACGGUUCUGAGCCGUCUGGAUGCACGUCUGUGGAGCACGUUUGGGGUGGGGCUGCUGGGUGACAGCGCCGCAUCGUGCUACCUACGUUGACGGUUCGCAGUAGGUGCGCUGCAGGGAUCGAACAGCAUGCAUGCAUCACGGCCGGCUGCCGAGCCAAACCUGUCAGCAUCCAGCCGCAGCUCUGCCCGCGCGCAUCCAUUCGUAUCUGACGCCUGCUCACCAGCGCCCGCCCCAGAUGAACGAAUCUCCCCCCCAGAUGAACGAAUCUCCCCCCCAGAUGAACGAAUCUCCCCCCACUCCGCUGCUGCGUAUUCGCUAAGUGGACAAGCCGCUAGACAGAUCGUUACAAGCAGCGGCCUUGCUCAACGCGCUCAGCACACUCCACCCACUUCGCCUGCGUCUGGGAUGUCGGACGAGCAUGUCGGCCGCUGGAGACUCAAGCGGCGGCGCGCGCAGACGCCGCUCAGCGUCCCACGACGACGAUGAAGUGAUUGCGGCCGGAGAAAGCACCGCGCGACCGACGGCGGCGCGCAUGUCCUCUGACCACUCGCAGAGGGUGCGCUUCUCGACCGACAUGGAACGACACGCGCCCGCUCAGAGGACGGGUCGAGUGAGCAGCUGGGCCGAGGUUGACGAGGUUGACGAGGUUGAUGAGGUUGACGAGGUUGAUGAGGUUGACGAGGUUGACGAGGUUGACGAGGUUGUCCAAGGAACACCUGGGACACCAGACCUGACAGUCGAUGCGCGCGAGCUGGACCCAGAGGGCGUAGAGGCCCCGUCUGCCCAUGCUUCGCCUCUCCCACCACAGCCCUCCGGCAAGAGCUCGCCGCCGGCCCCCAAGACCCGCAAUCGAGGCUUGUCCAUGCGCAGCGCUCUGUUCCGGAAGAACUACACAGACCAGGCGCAACCUCUGGCUGGGAGCAUCGAGUUGGAGGAGAGCGUUGGCCGUUCGCAAGACGGCAAUGGACAGUCGAAUGGUCAGUCGAAUGGUCAGUCGAAUGGUCAGUCGAACGUGUGCACAAACAGGGACGCUUUGAAAAGCGGAGACACUGUUGUAUCUGUCACUCCUGCGCAGGUUGGCUAUGCCUCAGAAGCGUCAGAUCUUUCAAAAGCCAAGCUUGGAAAAGGACCAAUCGCCCUUCCGCACUACAGCAGCUUCACCAAAAGCCAGACCAGCAGGAGGGCCACGUACGGGAAACGGUUCCGCGAAACCGCAACACAGGCACGUAAAUUCGUACUGCGACAGCAUGACAUAGCGCCCAGCAAAGAUGGACGACACAUAGUCCUGGACUCUACACGGAGAGAGCCCUUGCUCGACGAACGAACAGCACAGCCUUAUGUGCAGAAUUGGAUUCGCUCCACACGAUACUCAGCCUGGAACUUUGUACCGCGUCAACUUGUCGCCCAGUUCUCCAAGCUCGCAAAUUUCUACUUCCUUAUAAUCUCAAUCCUCCAAAUGAUACCCGAUCUCAGCACCACUGGCAGAUACACCACUAUUGUACCACUCCUUUUUUUUGUUUUCCUGUCCAUCGCGAAAGAAGGCUACGACGACCUGAGGAGGUACCGGCUCGACAAGGCCGAGAACAAUCGGGAAGCAAAGGUCCUGCGCUCCAGCCCAUUGCCUGUUCAUAAAAGUACGGCAACGGAUGACGGAAGCGUGUCCUCCCCGGAGCCAGAGAAGCUGGUAUGGGAGGCCAUCAAGUGGCAAGACAUCCAGGUCGGAGACAUCAUCAAAUUGGACCGUGAUGAUGCCGCGCCCGCAGACUUGGCCUUGCUGCACUCCAGCGGCGAGAACAGCGUAGCGUUUGUUGAAACGAUGGCGCUGGAUGGCGAGACCAACCUGAAAAGCAAGCAGACCGCGGCAUCAAUGUCGAAGAUCAUCAAGACGCAGGAGGAUGUCCUGCGGACAGAAGCCGAAUUCGUCAUCGAGGAUCCAAAUCGAGAUUUGUACAGCUUCGAGGGCCGUGUCCAAGUAGGUGGCAAGCAAGCACCUUUGACACUAAACGAGAUCAUCUUCCGUGGUAGCAUCCUGCGAAAUACUCCAGAUGCCAUCGGACUUGUCAUCUACUCAGGCGAGGAGUGCCGCAUCCGCAUGAACGCCAAUAAGAAUCCACGCAUCAAGGCUCCUGCGCUUCAGGGCUUCGUCAACCGCAUCGUCAUCAUCAUCGUCAUAUUCGUCAUCCUCCUCUCGGUCUUCAACGCCGUUGCAUAUAAAAUCUGGCAACGCAAGGAAGACCGGCUUUGGUACCUGUCCGGAUCCUCUGUUGCUUUCUUCCCAAGCUUCACCUCCUUCGUCAUCAUGUUCAAUACCAUGAUCCCUUUGUCGCUCUACGUCAGUUUGGAGAUUGUCAAGCUCGCUCAGAUGUUUUUUCUGCACACAGACAUUGACAUGUAUGACCCAGUGUCAGACACGCCCUGCGAGCCGAGAACAUCGACCAUCAAUGAGGAGCUGGGACAGAUCAGCUACAUAUUCUCCGACAAGACUGGCACGCUCACCGACAACUCGAUGAAGUUUCGGAAGCUGAGCGUGGCCGGCGUGGCAUGGCUGCACGAUGCGGAUCUGCCCGACUCGAAGAAGAAGAAGGGUUUAAAGAACAGGCCGCGCAAGAAGGGCAAAGAGCCAGCUAAGAGCAGGAAAAGCGUACGGUCAGCCAAGGACGUCAUGUUUGAGGAGCACGGCAUGGCCACGAUAGAUCUCGGUGAGCAAUUUGGCGCCGAAGACACCACAGGCUCGCGGUGGCAGUCGACGACAAACCCGCACAAGGCCUCCCGAGAGCUUCUGACUGGCGACAUGCUUCGCUACAUGCAACGAAAGCCUCACACUCCAUUUUCGAGAAAGGCACGCAUGUUUCUGCUUUCGUUGGCGCUUUGCCACACGUGCUUGCCGGAGGUCCAGGAGGAUGGAAAGACGCACUUCAUGGCGUCAUCCCCCGACGAACUCGCUCUUGUCCAGGCUGCUCAAGACAUGGGCUUCCUGCUCAUCAAUCGUGAUGUGCAUACCAUCACACUCAAGAUUCUGCCCAUCAGAUCCGGAGGCGAGCCCACCCUCGAAACGUAUGAGAUCCUAGACGUUAUCGAGUUCUCCAGCAAGCGCAAGAGAAUGUCCAUCGUCCUUCGUUUUCCAGACGGUCGCGUGUGCAUACUCUGCAAAGGCGCCGACUCGAUCCUCAUGCAACGCCUCAAGCUGGCUUCGCUCGCAAACAAGAAAAUGGUCGAGAUCGAGCGAAAUGCGAACAAGAGGAAGAGCAUGGAGGUUCAGUCAGCCAUCGCUCGCAUGAGCGAACAGAUUGAUCGCAAGAGCAGCAUCGGUGGGAGGAGGAGCAGUGUUGGGGGCCGGAGGAGCAUGUCGAUUGCCCAAGCUGCUCGCCACAGCAUCAGCAUGGGGAGGCACUCGAUGGCUCGAGGCAGUAUUGGUGGCCGCCCCUCAAUGUCUGCGAGAGACGACGUGGAUCUGUGGCUCCGAGAGCGAGAGAACGACUUUGGUCGUCACCCCAUCGAGGACACAGUGUCGCCUUCGCGAACCCCUCGCCCGUCCGACCUCGGAUGCCUUUCCUCGGUGGCAUCGUCAGCGAGGAGCUCGAUGCAGCUGGAGGAUAUGGAAGCCAUGGUCGACGAGAACGUCGCAGGUGAUGACUCGGCCGUUGUUGAGCGCUGCCUCCAGCACAUCAACGAGUUCGCUACCGAGGGCCUUCGAACGCUUCUGUACGGGUACCGCUAUCUGACAGAAGACGAGUAUCAAAGUUGGAAGAAAGGCUACCUUGAAGCUACGACCAGCCUCGUCGACCGUACCAGACUGAUCGAAGAGGCCGGUGAUAUGAUCGAGCAGAACCUCGACCUCUGUGCUGCGACCGCUAUCGAAGACAAGCUCCAGCAAGGCGUUCCCGAGGCAAUCGACAAGCUCCGCCGUGCCAAGAUCAAGAUGUGGAUGUUGACGGGCGACAAGCGCGAGACUGCCAUCAACAUCGGAUACUCGUGCCGUCUGAUCAAGGCUUACUCCACUGUCACUAUCCUCGACGAUGAAGCUGGGCAUGUCGAAGAGAUGGCUGCUGCAGCCGUCGUAGCCAUCACACAGGGCACAGUAGCGCACUCUGUGGUGGUCGUCGACGGCCAGACUCUGUCCCGCAUCACCGAAGAUGAGACGCUGCAGGUGCUUUUCUACGAGCUGGCCAUCCUCGCAGACUCGGUGAUUUGCUGCCGCGCUUCACCCUCCCAGAAAGCCCUCCUCGUCAACACCAUCCGCAAACGCGUCAAGAAGAGCAUCACACUCGCCAUCGGCGACGGCGCCAACGACAUCGCCAUGAUCCAAGAAGCACACGUCGGCAUCGGCAUCACCGGCAAGGAGGGUCUCCAGGCAGCGCGCACGUCCGACUAUUCGAUUGCACAGUUCCGAUUCCUCACCAAGUUGCUGCUGGUGCAUGGGCGCUGGAACUACAUGCGCACCUGCAAGUACACCGUCGGCACGUUCUGGAAGGAGAUGCUCUUCUACCUCACACAGGCCCUGUACCAACGCUCCGUCGGCUACACGGGCACGUCGCUGUACGAGUCGUGGUCGCUCAGCAUGUUCAACACGCUCUUCACCUCGCUGCCCGUCAUCUUCAUGGGCGUCUUCGAAAAAGACCUGUCCGCCUCGACCCUCCUCGCCGUCCCCGAGCUCUACACAAAGGGCCAGCGCAACGGUGGCUUCAACAUCAGAGUAUACCUCGCCUGGAUGUUCAUGGCCUCGGCCGAGGCAAUGCUCGUGUACUUUUGCGCGCUCGCGCUCUACGGCGCCGCGCCCUUCACCCAGGAUAACUCCAUCUUCGCCCUCGGCAGCAUCACAUACACGGCCGUCGUGUGCGCCAUUAGCCUGAAGAUGCAGUUCUUCGAAACACACUCCAAAACGCUCACAAACGGGCUCGCAAUCUUCUGCUCCGUCGGCGGCUGGUUCCUCUGGAACAUAAUCCUCUCGCUGACAUACAACCCCGCCUCAACAAUCUACUACGUGCGCAGCACCUUCGUGCGCGGCUUCGGCGCCACGCUACCCUGGUGGCUCGUCCUUCUCAUUAUCCUUCUCGCGCUCGUCGUCUUCGAAAUCGGCGUCGAGGCGCUCCGCGCGGCCUUCUGGCCAGACGAUGUCCUCACCUUUCAGCAGCUGGAGAAGGAUCCCCAGGUCAAGCGUAGGUUCGAGCAGGCUGCGGCUGCCGAGCUGCAGUUGGGCUGGGCGCGCGAGGCAGAGGGGCGUGGGAUGAGCGCGGAUAAGGGGCGUGGGGUGGCUGAGGGAUUGGAGGCGGAAGAGGAGAGGGAGAAUGAGGUUAAGAUGCUGUUGCAACGCAGGGAAGACGUGCUGCGGGCAGAUGGCGGGCCCCAAGGGAGUAGGCUGGUGGAUGGGGAUGUGGAUACGGCGUUGAGUAAGGGGUAUGGGAGGGUGAGGAAGUAGCUUCUCGAACAUGGCUUGCGUAGCUUCUUGUAUAUAUCUUUGCAUCUAAACGCCAUCUCGUCUUG